AUGUCUGACUAUGCCGAUAAUCAGCCCUCUUGGGUCAAGGACAUGAUCGCGCAUAUCCAAUUUGAUCGAGCGUCCGAUGCAUCUGAAAAUGGUGACGACGUAUCAGUGUAUUGGGAACCACAUUUGACAUCUCUUACAGACCCUUUCACAACCCACUCACCGGCAGAUACCAUAUGCAUGCUCCAUGAUGAUGAUUUGCCCUCGGGGGAAUUUUCAAUCCCUCCGAGUCGACGGUCACGGUCAUCUCCCACCGGAGGUCCCUCAGAUACUGACUCGGAUGCUCCGAGUCAAUCCUCCACAGUACUAGUGCUUUAUCCUGCUAGUACUAGUACUGACGGCUCGUGGCAUAAUUCACCGUGCGCAUCCGAGUCAAGUGCUGUCACAGUUCCUACCAACCUGGCCCGGGGGGAUUCGGAGAUCUCUCCCGGUAUUGCACCCAACGAGUCAGACUCUGAUGUGGAGCUAGCUGCACUUGUGCAGCUUCCGAGUUAUCAAAGAUUGUGUUUAGACAAGAUAUCAAAAAAUCACAGGCCUACCGCAAUGAGAACUAAAAUUAAAGUCGGCCUCGUAGCCUGUGAAGCCCAAGCGUCUACUACUCGUCAGACAUGCAAGAGGAAGAUAGACGAUGACGUCGACGCUAAACAUGACGCUGACAAGGAGAACAUAUCUCUGAGUUCUACCCCGGCUAUCAAGCGCAUCUGCCGGGAGAAGACAGGCACUGAUUGGCAGUCUGUCCUUGAUAUCAACAAGUACGUUGAAGAACGACUCGGAUAUAGGCAGAGCAAAGGCACAGUCACGCCAGUGGUGGAGGAAAAUUCACGGUAG